GCCCCGCCAGACACGUCGGCCGAGGACGCCCGGCUGCGUCCGCCUGGGCGCCUUACGGGAUGGUGCCAUGGCGCGGCCGUCGGGGGUCGCGCAGCGCCAGGAGUCCGAACAACAGCUACUGCCGCUGGUCUCCUACCAGCACGUGCCCGUGCAUCUGGCCGGCGGCGCGCCCUGGGGCUUCUCCCUCGAGGGCGGGCUGGAGCACGGCAAGCCCCUCAUCGUCUCCAAGGUAGAGGAUGGCGGGAAGGCAUCCUUGUCGCAGAAUAUGUGUCCUGGGGACGAGCUGGUGAACAUCAACGGGACGCCCUUGUAUGGUUCUCGGCAGGAGGCCCUCAUCCUCAUCAAGGGCUCCUACCGCACCCUCAAGAUGAUCCUCCGGAGGAGGGUUGUGCCUCUCAUCAGGCCCCACUCAUGGCACCUGGCCAAGCUCUCCGAAGUCCGGACUGAGGCUGACACCACCAUGCACUUCCCGGCCGAUGCCUUCAACCUCUCCUGGCACUCAGGCUGCGACCCCAGUGAUCUUCCCUUGCCCUGGAACCCCCUCGCUCACCACUGCAGCACAGACAAGAGCAGCUCCCUUGGGAGCAUGGAAAGCUUGGACCAGGGUGGCCAGACAUACUACGAGGGCAGCCUCUCUCCCAUUGACCAGACCAUGUACCAGAACAAGCGGGACUCUGCCUACAGCUCCUUCUCGGCCAGCUCCAACGCCUCCGACUCUGCCCUGCGGCCCGAGGACGGCGGGGUCCCCGAAGGCCUCCCACCAGACCCCCGUUACCUGCAGACCAGUGGCGAAGCUGUGGCAGCGGUGAGCCUGCACACCUCGCCCAGCCGGCCUGCCCCCAGUGCCAGGGCAGCCCCCUGCCUUCAGGACAGUCACUUCCCCAGCUCUACCAGAGCUGUUGUGUCCACCCCUCCCCGGCCGCCAGUGAGGCAGGACAGCCUGCGAGCCUGUAACCUGCCCCCAACCAACACAGAAGGCCGUCGGAAGGACUCCCCUCAUCUCAAGGCCCGCUGGACCUCGGACACGCUCCUUUCUGUACGAGGCAGGGACCCCGAGCUGGGCAAGGAGUCGCCCACAGAGCACUACUACUUGCUGAGUUCUCAUGCUGACCAGCCCACCCCCAUGGAGAAGGAAGCCCAGAGUACCAACUCCCUUCCGGGUGAGCAGAGCAGUGGGGAACAUCCCUUGGGCAAGCCUCACACAGGCAGCCAGGACCCCUCUGUGACCAAGCCAGGCAGCCCCGAGGGUGCCUGCCAGCCCCACUGGAAGGCCUGCUGGGCUGGAGCACUGAGCCAUCGUCACAGUGCCCCAGAACACCUGCUGGCGGCUCAGCUGCAGGCUCUGCACGUCUCCUGCCCCCAGGAGGGCUCUCACUGGACUGUGUCUCCGCUGCACGGGGAGCAAAGGAGCAACCCAGGUGCCCAGCAGAGUCAGGGCUCCCCCAGAAAGGCGCAAAGCCCCCGUUCUGAAAGCAGCUGCUGCCACAUGGGGCCAGAGCGACCCAGGAGUGCCUCUGUCGAACUGGCAUCCUCCCCGCAUCUGCAGCCCACUGGAGAUGCCAGCACAGGACUGAAGGAGGCACCCAGCAUGGAGGUGGGGCAGGAGGAGGAAGGGAGCAUCUUGGGCACCAGGAAGGGGGGCUUGUCUCAGCACCGCUCAGCCCAUAUGCGCCGGCGCAGCGACCGCUUUGCCACCAACUUGCGGAACGAGAUCCAGUGGCGCAAAGCACAGCUGCAAAAGGCGAAGGGCUCCACUCCACUGUUGGAGGAGGGGGAGUCCAACCAGGAGGCAGGGGAGCCCCCCGGCAGCCCCCCUGUCCCUCCUUCCCUGCCCCACUCUCCUCCGCCUCCCAUGCCCAAGGGCCGGCCUCCUGGCUUGACCCAGCAUAGAGCGCUACUUCCCAGGCGCUGGGGCUCUGAGCUGAGUGUCUUUGCAGCAGACAGUGGUUUCCCCAGCCCCAGGAAGCCCCAGGGAGCUCCUCCACCUGGAGGAAGUCAAGGGGGCCGCUGGAGGUGGUCACCAGAGCGCAAGCUGCAGCCCCACCAUCAGAGCCAGCAGGUGGCUGAUUCUGGGAGCCCCUUGCCGCCCCCUGAGGACUCUGGCCUCCUGCCUUUUGCUGACCGGAGGAAGUUCUUUGAGGAGACAAGCAAGCCGCUGUCCUCUGGGGGCUUCAGCUGCCAGAACAACAGGCCAGCGGGGGUACCCCUCCCCAGGAUGGUGGACCAGGACUCCUUCCAGCCAGCCAGCUCUGAGCGCAGGGACCAGCGCCGCCACUCUGUGGACCAGCCCUACAGGCUCCUGCAGCCCCCGCCACCCCACACCUACCAAGACUUCCUUCCAGAGGUGCCUGCCUUUUGCAAGCCAUUGGCCCAGUGUGAGGAAGACUGUGAUCACUGGCGCCCCCUUCCCUGCUCACGUGCUGCCCGGGAAGGCUGUGCUUGCUGCUAUGGGGAUCGGUGCCCCGCAGCUCAUCACAGGAACAUGCCGGCAGCAUCUGGCCACUGGGCCCACCACUGCCACUCACACGCCUGGAACCGCUGCCGCGGCUGCUGCUGCUGCCCAGCCCAGCCCAAGUUCUUGGAGGAGGGGGGACCGUGGCAUGCGAGGAAGACCUUUCUAGCGGACUUUUCCUUGGGUGAGUGGGAGCCUCCAGCACCCAGCAGGAAGACGAUGAGCCCGUCCAUGAGUGAACUCGCACAACACAAGGUGGGCUUUGCGAGGGUCAGCCCCUUCUGGACCUGCUCAGAGGCCUCCGAGGCAGAAUGGCACCCUUCCUGCCACGCUGGGCCCACUCACAGCCUCUCCUGGGACGGCAAGAGGCCUGGGCGAGCAGCAGAGAACCUGGCCUACAAAGAGGACCCUGCCACCCCUCACAGACACCCCCUGCGCGAAAGGGCCUACUCAGAGAGCCACCUCUGUGCAGAGCAGGCCGGUGCUUCUGGGAGGGAGAGACGAGAAGCCCCUCUGGCCAAGCUGGAGGAGGGGGCCCGGCUGGAGUCUCCCCGGGCAGCCAAGCAAAAGGGCCUGCCCCCUCCACGGCCCCCACCACCAAACUGGGAGAAAUACCGCCCCGGCCGUGACUCCCACAGCCAUCUGCUUCACCCCAAGGCUGGCCCACACCCUCAGCUGGAAGAAGCCUGUGCCCACGGCCAGAGCAGCAGUGAGGUGGCAAGGCAGCGGUCUCAGAGCCUGCCUCUGGAGCAGCUGCGGGGGGAGGCCGGCCAGCAGCUCAGCCCCAGGCCUCAGGAAGCCCCCCACUCCCCCUACCACUACAACAGUUCGCCACUCCGGACCCCAGAGUGGGCAGUGCCAGAUGGGAGCAGCCAGAGUGGGACAUCCAGGCCUGCAUGUUCCCCGGAGAAAGCAGCAACACCCAGGCCCCUGUGGGAAAAGGGGAAGGAUGGAUCAGCCAGCAGGACCCCUGAGCCGGUGUCAGCCAGCCCCUCCUGCCUUGCCUCCAAGGAGCUAGAGGGGGUUGAAGGAGAUGCCUGCUGCCCAGGUACAGUGGGUUCAGUGCACCCCUUCCGCCUGAACUCGGAAGAGCUGAUGAGGGACGUGGCAGGCAGGGACCACUCCCUGGCUGGAGUGCUCAGCCCCACCCUGGGUCUGGUGACGGCAGCGGAAAUGAUGGGGGGCCUCUUCUCCCCCAGUGAGGGUGCUGUGUGGCCCCCUCAGGCUGGUGCCGUGGGACUCUCAGCCAGGCAACCCAGCCAACCUGUCUCCCCAACCUGUGGAGGAGCUGCCAGCCCCACCUCCUCCUGCUCUGCCUACUAUAACCUGUCAGCCGGCAAGGCUGAGCUACUGAACAAGAUGAAGGAGUUGCCUGAGGGGGCUGGAGCCAGUUCGGAGGAGGAAGAGGUGGACCAUGACUUGGCCAGGAAGAAGGUGCAGCUGAUUGAGAGCAUCAGUCGGAAGCUGGGGGUGCUGCAGGAGGCUCAGCGGGGCUUGCAUGAUGACAUGAAUGCCAACAUGGUGCUGGGCAGAGAGGUGGAGAACCAUGUCAAGGGGGUCUGCAAGCCCCAUGAAUACGAGAAGUUCCGCCUCUUCAUCGGAGACCUGGAGAAGGUGGUCAACCUCCUGUUGUCCCUCUCAGGGCGGCUGGCAAGGGUGGAGAAUGCCCUCAGCAGCCUGGACUUGGAUGCCACUACAGAAGAGGAGAAGCUGGCCCUCCUGGAGAAGAAGCGGCAGCUGAUGGCGCAGCUGGAGGAUGCCAAGGAGCUGCAGGACCAUGUCUCCCGUCGGGAGCGCUUGGUCUUCACCAGCGUCUCACGCUGCCUGCCUGCUGAGCAGCUGCAGGACUACCAGCACUUUGUGCGCAUGAAGUCAGCACUCAUCAUUCAGCAGCGGCAGCUGGAGGACAAGAUCAAACUGGUUUCCAGAACCUUAAUCAUCCUGGUUGCCUUCCUCUGCACACUUUCCAGCUUGUCAACAUCCUUCUUAAAUUGUGGCACCCAGAACUGGACACAGGACUCCAGGUGGGGUCUGACCAGGCAGAAGAGAGCGGGACUACCCCUUCCCUUGAUCUGGACUCUAGACUUGCCCUCAAAAAGUUCUUCCUGGUGUCAGAAUCAUGGGCAGAGGAAUAGUGGAAUAGUGAAGAAAGACUGCACAAAUUCAGUUUUUGCUUUGUCUUCCUUUUGCUGGUUGGAUGCAGCUAUUUGAGGAAGAAACCAUGAAGGAGAUGGUUAGAAAUGUUCCCAUAGGAAAUAAUGAAAAUUGUCAACUCGUUAUGCGACCACUUGCUUAAUAAACCAUUUCCCAAGACUGCAUUGUGUUUGGAAAGUGGGAACUGCACAUACAAAAGCUAUUAAUCUUGGGAAAUUCUUUGCUGUUUGAAGAGUUCUUUACACAGUGCCAGGAUUUCCCCAGUUCUUAAAUCUCAAAUCCUAA